AUGCUUGGGCACACAUGUGGGGGCAUGGCGGACACCUGUGCGUCGACGGGAGCGGCUUCUGAGCUGGAGCCUCACACCUGGAAGCUGGGCUACUGCCUCUCCGCCGUGCGCUGGGAGCAGUUCGAGAAGCGGGAGGAGGCGGAGCUUCGCUACCGAGGCCUCUGGUCCUCCAAGGUGCUCGUGAGCCCCGAGGGUGAGGUGAAGCUUUGCUCCUCGGCUCUUGUGGAUCCCAAAGGUCUUGGGGUGGCGAUGCUGCUACUCUCAGCUAAGAGAGGCUUUGAAGAUGUUCAGCCCCCUUAUGCUGCCUUGGAGAAGGGAGAUGUGGCUUUUAUUCCAGCUGAACGGCUGCCAGGAGUUCCACAGGCUCUGCAGCUUGUCUGGGACAUGGUUGCUUGGAGAAGGUCCAUCAGUUGGUUUGGUUCACGCGUUUCGGCGGAUUCCCUCUGUUAUUUCGAUGUUGAGAAGCAUCCGGGCAUUCGGGGCUACGUGGCGCUGACCUUUGACGAUGCCCCAUGCCGCCUCGGGCCAAAGAAUUCCAUGCUGCCUGAGAUUCGAGCGCUUCUGAAAGAGCAUCAGGCACAGGCCACCUUCAUGCUCCUGGGGAAGUUUGUUUCUGGUAGUGAGAACGACCUCCUUGACCUUUUAAGAGAUGGACACGAGCUGGGGAAUCAUGGCCUUGUGGACAAGAGCUACUCGGCCUCCUCUGCAACAGAGUGUGAGGAGAUGAUCGACGAGUGCUCAGAGCAAAUUAGCGACUUGCAGCGACGUGCCGGAAUUUCUUCCGCAUUUCGCUGGUUUCGGCCUCCUCAUGGCCAAAUGAGCUCCCCAAUGGCGGAAAUCGUGAAGCACAGGGGCCUCAAGGUUCUGAUGUGCGACGCCUAUGCCUGCUGUCCCGUGAUUCAGGAUGGUGACUUCAUAGGCCGUUUUUUGGCGAGGCGGGCCGAGCACGGCUCCAUCAUUCUACUGCACAUGCCCGAGCACGGCUUUCGCGCGCGCGGCCUGCAGGUGGUCACCGCCGGGAAACUGGCCGAGCUGAUCCGUCUCUCUUCGACUCCCGGAGCCCUUUGUGCAAUGGCGUCGGAUCUGCACUUGGAGGCAGAAGGCGAUGACGACAGGUGUGUACUUCGGGACUAUAUCCCGAACUGCGACAAAAGCGGCGGUGGAACUCCAGUGGAUUGCUCUAAAGCUAUCAGGGUCUACAUCGACAUGGUCGCACAUGAGCUGAAAAAUGUGGAUGAUCAUCGUGAGGAAUUCCAAAUGGUCUUCAUGCUGAAGCUCAGCUGGCUCGAUCCCGACCUUAAAAACUUCAAGUCAAGCAUCACUGUUCGCGAGAGAAGCGGUUUCACCAAACUUCAUUUGCGCCAGUUGGACGUUGUCAUCACGAAAAUGUAUUGCAACGGCGACAUCGAGUUUAUUGAUGUGUCGGACCAUUCACAGAAGCGUCAGCUCCUGCGCAAGCAUGAUUACUUCAGCAUUCAGGAGCCAGAGUGGAAGGAACAUUUCUUCCCGUCAUAUACUUUUCUUAAUAUGCAGAACGAUGCUGUGCAGCCUUUGGAGACUAGAAGGCUGCUUUGGUGUGGGGAGGAGGGAGGUUUCGUCUCGUAUACGGUGAAGUACGACGCGAAGUUUAAGGAGGAGCUCGAUCUGAGAGCCUUUCCCCAAGAUCUUCAGCUGUGCAGGAUUCGGCUGACGGCCGAAAAGACCGUCGACGAGUUCCAGUUCGUGCCGCUGAAGAGUACGGCCCGUCAGCCGCAGAUGUGUGACAUGUGGGUCCUGGACAAGGAGAUCCAAUCAAAGUGCUCGGUCUAUGUUCGCCACUUGGACAGGUACCUGCCAUUUGCGAACCAACGUUCUUGCGUGAACGCCGUGUUCCACUUGGAGCGGAAAGGUGGUCUCUACUUUCGCUCGAUGUUCUUCAUGGUCUUUCUCGUGAUCAUUGUCAGCCUCUGUAGCUUGAUGAUUCCGCUUGAGGAUAUCAGUGGCAGGCUGGCGCAUUUGAGUACCUGCUUCUUGGCCAUCAUGGCAUAUCGUUAUAUCGUUGGGGACAUGUUGCCGCGGAAAGCGUACCUCACGCCAGCUGAUUGGUAUGUCAUCUUUGCCUGUGGACUUCAAGUGGUCAUCGUGGUCCAAACGGUCCUGCUACAAUAUGUCGAUGGCUUGGUUGCGAACUCAGUACUGAUCGAAAGAUGCACUGGGAUGGCUCUUUUGGUUGCAUGGCUCGUUCUGAACUAUUUUCUUCGACGGUUCUCACGGUCCAAGCCUCAACAUGACUGGAGAAGCGUGUACCAGGACACAAAAGUCUGUCCAGAAUGUCGUACCAUAGCCGAGACUGUCUACUUGACUCCUGUCGACCAUGCCGGGAUUGCCCCUGAGGGCUACGAGAAUGGUGUUUUCCAGAGAUACACACAGAAGUGGACAGAGACAGGCGGAGGCACUGAAGUGGAUUGCUCCAAGGCUAUCAAGGUCUAUGUGGACAUAGCUGCACACGAGUUGAAGAGCGUCGAUGACAACAAUGAACAGUUCCACAUGGUAUUUGUGAUGAAGCUAGGUUGGCUGGAUCCCGACCUGAAGAACUUUAAGUCUCGGAUAAGUGUUCGAGAAACGAAGGGCACCUCAAAUCUUCAUUUGCGCAAGCUCGACGUCGUGAUCACCAAGAUGUAUGCCAAUGGGGACGUCGAGUUUAUCGACCUGUCCGACUCGAAGCAGCGAGUCCAAACACUCCGCAAGGGUGAGUAUUUCGGAAUCCAGGAUCCAGACUGGAAUGAGUACUUCUUUCCAUCCUACACCAUCCUGAACCUGAAGCACGGUGCAGACGCGACCGUGGAGACACGGAGGCUCCUUUGGUGCGACGAAGCAGGCGGCUUCACUUCAUUUUGCAUACGCUUCGAUGCCAAGCUGCAAGAGACAAUGGACCUCCGGAACUUUCCGCGAGACCGCCAACUUUGCAGGAUCAGGAUGACAGCCGAAAAACCUAUUGAGGAGUUUCAGUUCGUCGUGCUCAAGGGCAAGAAGGGCAUCAGCCAGAUGUGCGGUAUGUGGCAGCUGGAUGGGGGCACUGUUUAUGCACGUCACCUGGACAGGUACCUGCCAUUUGCGAACCAACGUUCUUGCGUGAACGCUGUGUAUCACUUGGAACGGGACGGUGAGUACUACUUGGACGGCGUGCUGCUCCUAAUCUUUCUGGUGAAUGUCUUUAGCCUGUGUACCUUCUGCAUCCCACUUGACGAUGUGAGCGGACGGCUGAAGCAUUUGAGCACCUGCCUUCUCGCGGUCUUCGCAUGCAUGUACAUCAUCAACGACAGGCUACCUCGCAAAAGGUAUUUCACAGGGGCUGAUGCAUACAUUAUCUUUGCGUGCACCUUUCAAGUGCUGCUUGUUAUUGAGACGUUGUGUUUUCAACUUUUCGAAUUCCUGGAAAAUCCAACGCUGACUGACCGACGCAUUGGUUUGGCGCUGUUGACUGCAUGGGUGACCGUGAACUGCUUGCUGCGCUGGCUGUGGAGACGUGACACUGACGCGAAAGCAGCCUGGCAAGCGGUGUACCAAGCCAGUCGUGAGCCGUAUGCUCCAGUCAAUGAGUGCUCAGAAUGCGGAGAGCAGUGGCUCAGCAAGCAGUGUGAACACAAGAGUCCCACGAAACGCUGCGUUAACUGGCCAACUUGCUAUGGCGAAGGUGACAGCAUCAAGACCAUCUACAAAACCCCAUGGGAUCUCGAAGUCCCUCUCGUGGCCGCGCAAGAUUUCCCCAAUGCGCCAUUUCAUUUGAAGCGAGCUCCUGCCGGAACACAGAAGUGA